CGAUUCUCUCCUCCUUCCACAUUCCUCAUAAUGUUUAAACGCGUGGAGAGAAAGAGAAAGAAAAGGGAAGAAGAAGCAGCUUUAGGGUUGGAUGAGGAGACGAAGGAGGUCUUGGGAAUGCACGAUACCGACUCUGACGAAUCUCAAUCAGAGAUAGAUUCGGAAAAUGAAGAACUUGCAAAUGAUGGCGAAAGCGACGAUGAAGGCGGCUCGGCACUCGACAAUACAUAUGAAGACGAUGAUAUAACUGAAAAACUCUAUCCUCCAAUACCUCUUCGCGAAGCGCUAUUGGAUCCUCUGUACACAAUUUCCCAAGAACCUUUCUUGACGGGAUGUUUAGUGUGCCCCGGAAAGAUACUGAAAAGCGACGACAUGCUUCAGCAACAUCGGACUUCUAAAGCUCAUGAACGCCGCUUCAAGCGGUUCAAAUCUUUGUCCGAAGAUGCAGAUCACGAUCUGAACGCAUGGGACAUUGUCGAUAAACUCAACGACGGAAAUCCCCCACCGCAAGACCGCAAUCAGCAUAGUCCAGAACUUUCGAAAAAAAAGGCCCGGAAUCGCGAAUUCUUCAAGAAUCGACGCGCUAAGCGGAAGGCAGCCGCUGUAGCAAAGAAGGACGCAGCGAAGCUGAAGGCCCCGACACAUGAGAUUUCGGCAAAUAGUUCUGAAAAAUCGGCUAAAAAACAAAAGAUGGACGGCGGGACAAAAACUGAAACGACGACUAGGAGCUCAGAUGUUACAGCACCCGCUAAAGGACAAGUGAGGGCACCUAAGCGUUCGUUAGAUGGCAAAUCCCGUCGUCCCAAACGGCUUUUACAGAAGAAAAGGUCAACUCCAAUCUCUUGA